GGGCGUUUCUUUCCUCCCUUUUUUCGAAUCGGUCUUGAGGGGUAGAUUCGAGUUACAAAAUGGCGGCCUGGAGCAUGUUUGUAGCACAUUUCCCAGCGGCCUCAGCCUGACUGGACGUCUCUUCCGCCCAGUCGUGACCACACAAGAGAAGCGGGCUACGGGGGACAUGGUGUUUGAGACUCCGGGCUUGCUGACCACGAAAUCCUUCGAGGCUCCAAGCGCACCGGAAGCCACCCGCCGCCGCUUCGGACGCGAUCGCCGCCUGGGCCCAGCGAGAGCCGCGGCGGCUGCCGGAGAGAUUCAAAACAAUGGCCAAAAGAACUGCCGAAAAGGAAUUGACAGAUAGGAACUGGGAUCAAGAAGAUGAAGCUGAAGAGCUGGGGACGUUCUCAGUGGCCAGCGAGGAAGUCCUGAAGAACAGAGCCAUAAAGAAAGCCAAGCGUAGAAAUGUUGGAUUUGAAUCUGACAGUGGAGGUGCCUUUAAAGGAUUUAAAGGUCUGGUCACGCCUUCCAGAGGAGCAGGGUUUUCUGGAUUCGGAGGUGUGCCUGGAGGGAAGCCUUUGGAAGGACUGUCCAAUGGGACCGGCACAGCGAGCACCCCUGCCUUUGCCAGCACCAGGGCAGUGGCAGAGCCCAAGGCCACCUUUGGAUCUUUGACUGCAAAUGGCCCUGCUACCUUGGUUGAAAAAAAGAUUACAAAUCCCAAAACUAUAAGUGACAGGCAGCAGCCCUCCUCCUCUGGCCUUGCUUCCAGCCAAGCCUGCCUAGGGGAUGCCUAUUACAAGCAGCUGGCUGCCUUGAACUGCUCUGUGCGGGACUGGAUUGUGCAACAUGUGGACUCGAACCCCAUCUGCGAUCUCACCCCUGUCUUUAAAGACUACGAGAAAUACUUAGCGACUCUUGGGCAGCAGAAUAAGAACUGUGAUAGCAGCAGUUCUGAGGGUGAAAGCACCAGGAUGUUACUUGAAACACAGCCUCCUUCCCUGUUUGGUGCAACAAAACUACAGCAAGAGUCAACUUUUUUGUUUAAUAGCAACAAAACUGAGGACACUUGUGAAAAGACAGAGGUUGUGUCUGAAAAGAAGCUGGACCCAGCAAAAGGAGCAACAAGUGCCUCAUUUAAUUUCGGCAAGAAAAUUGAUAGCUCAGUUUUGGGAUCUACAAGCUCUGGUCCCCUGACUGGAUUUUCAUUUUCCCCUGGAAACUCCAAUUUAUUUGGCAGAGAUGUCACCCAGAGUAAACCAGUUUCUUCACCAUUUUCUGCCAAAACAUUGGAGAGCCAAGCAGAAGGUGGCAGUAAUGAAUGCAAAGGUGGAGUUGAAGAAGAAAAUGAUGAGCCACCCAAGGUAGUGGUUACCGAAGUGAAGGAGGAAGAUGCCUUCUACUCCAAAAAGUGUAAACUAUUUUACAAGAAAGAUAAUGAAUUUAAAGAGAAGGGUGUGGGCACUCUGCAUUUAAAACCUACGGCGAAUCAGAAGACACAGCUCUUAGUGCGGGCCGAUACCAACUUAGGUAACAUCCUGCUGAAUGUCCUCAUCCCACCCAACAUGCUGUGCACACGGACGGGGAAGAACAACGUACUGAUUGUGUGUGUCCCUAACCCCCCUCUUGAUGAGAAGAACGCCACUGCCCCUGCCACCAUGCUAAUCCGGGUGAAGACCAGCGAGGAUGCAGAUGAGCUUCACAGAAUUUUACUGGAGAAAAAGGAAGCCUGAACAUGCAGAGUCAACCAAGGGAUUGUUGCCAAGUUGCUGCUUCCCCCGCCGCCCCUUAAACGUUUUCUUCUUUUCUUUGACCUUCUGAGGACUUCUAGAUAACUUAAAACUUCCAUGAGGAAGAUUAGGCCAAUAAACCCUUUCCCUGUUAGGUGCCAAGAGACUUCUCCCUUCAGAACUGUCUAAAGUGCAAAAUACAUUUGAAUGAAAGUUUUUGGAAGAUUUUUUUAAUGUUUAUUUGUUUACUUAAACUAACCCUAAGUGAUUUCUUAACGGACUGCAAUCAGGGUAUCAGUGGGCUCUCCCAAAGGCUGUGCGGCCUGCACGUGAGGCCUUCCCACCAUGCUGUCCGGCGGUGGCCAGGAAGAAACUGCCCGUGCGGCUCUCCUCUCCCGUGGGCUUCCCUGAUCUCUGCGACCAGCACUCUUACCAAAUGAACCAGGCCGCCACGCUGUGCCAGAGACAUCUGUCCUUGCACCACUUUGUUCUGUUUCAUCCUCAAGCUCAGAGGUGGGUACUGGUGUGCACCUGCAGCAUUCAUUGUUAGCCUCUGCUUUGCAGGCAUUGGCCUUUAACCCUGUGAGCUGCUUUACUGUAAUGCAGGAACUGCCUUUUCAUUUUAGAAGGAAGUGUAUCACUUGUGAAGGAGUUCUUGGGUUUUGUAGUUUCUAUUCAUGAGGUGCUGUUACUUCUUUAUCCCCCUGGAGAAGGGAAUUGCCAGGAAUGGGUUUAAAAGCACACAUUUUGAUCAUUUCUAGACCAUGGACAGUAAACUCUUUAUGGAGAAAGAAAAGGGAGAGUGAAAUCAUACUUUAAAGGAAUCUAUGCUGGUGUCAUUUGUACCAGACCUGACGAAUGUAAAAACUGCAUAGCAGCUUGAUCGCGUGAGCCGUGGGAGUUCACUGGGCACCAUGUUGUAAGUAGGAGAAGAGAAAAUUAUGUGUGAGAGUUUUGCCUUUAACUUUAGACAGCAGGAUAUUAUACACUUGCUAUCUGAAAUACCCAUCUUUUAAACAAGGUGUUGAGUGUGUCCAUUUGGAAGGGAGCCAUGGUUAUGCAGAAUGUCCAUGUCAUUUCCCUAGAGCUGUUAGGUGACUUAACACUAGCAUUCUGAGGAGACUGGCACAUAAGUAAGAUGCAAGAUUUCAUGACUGAAUUUCCACUUUUGUUCCCCAUGAAUCCUGUUGUGUUGGUAGCAGAUGCUCUUGUCAGUGCCCAGUGGCUCACACUUGUGUCUUGUCUUCAGUCUGUUGUGUCCAGACUUCAGUCAGAAUGGCUGGAUGGUACAGGUGCUUUUUAAACUGCAGUCCUUGGGUGUAAAUUGUCUAGCGGGUGGGGAGGUCCUUAUGAAGAGCUCUAAGUCUUAAGUACUUUAGGUUGGUGAUGAGCCAGGGUUGAUCAUAAGAUUCUGCUCACACUGCAUGGUACUAAGCAGCUUCUGGUUCCAAGGGGAGCAGUUGGCCCAGCGUGUGACUUUGGAUAAAUAAAUGCGAGAGAGAUGUUUGUGCUAUUACCAGAUGUAGUCCAACUCUUAACUAUGUUGUGCAGCCUAGGGAGGAAGUGGCAGUUGGUUUUGCAUUUCUGUUUUAGAUUUGAGGGCGCUCAUAAGUUUUUGUUACAGAUGGCUUUAUAGUAAACAAGUGGUUGAUACUGCUAAAAUAAUACUGGCCUUGUCCUAUUCACAUAUAGGGUUGUCCAGCUUUUUAAAAAAUGAAGUGGAAAUAAGGGGAACCAAUUUCAGAAUGUUAAGAGUUUAGCCAUAGGUUCCCAUGGUACUAGCUGGCAUGUAAGUCAAAAGCAUUGCUGGGAACACUUUAGUGUUGAUGGUGCGACACUUGGUUAGCACCUGCAUGCAUGGUGGAUGUUUACCAAAAUGGCAUGACAUGGUGAUUGGGUGACCCUUUUAACUUCCCUUGCCCCCAAAACCAAGUUCGUUCUUAAAUCAGUGGAUGUGUGUAGCUUUCUUUUUUUCUAACAUUCCCAGCAAAUUUUUGCUGCUAAGACUAUCACUGUUAAAGUGAAAAUUACAGGGAAAAAUGUAUUUUCUUAAAACUCUUUUAUGCUUUAGGAACUUGUUGGUCUCCACUUUAUGUAUUUGUAUGAAAGAACCUGUGUGGGUUUUAUUGUAAACUCCAGCUCCUUGGAUGCUACUUGGGGAAAGGCAGGGCCCCCGGAGGGUUCACCUGCUCCCUACUGUGUUGGGAGCUAAUUCUAAUCCAUGGGUGAUUUUAUUUCAGUUUAUUUUUAACAAAAUUUUAGAAAUCAGGCUGUACAAUGUUUAAUGUGGACUAAGAUUUUCACCCUUAAUUUGAAAGUUUGUAAGUUGUGUCAUAUACUCGGCCUAAAGUGAAGUAUGUAUUUUUUAAAAUUAUAACUCAAAUUGCAUCUUCACAAAUGCUAAGUGUCUCUGUGGCUUUUUUUUUUCAAACGGAUGUGUGCAUCUCAGCUUUUUUUUGCACAUUCCUGUUAAGCAAAAAAAUUGUUCUGCUGUCUUCCUUACCAGAAUUACACACUGGAAAUGUCCAGUUUUUUGGCUUGGUUUGGUUUUUUAGGUUUCACUUUUUCAGUACUGGGGAUUGGACUCAGGGCCUUAUAGAAGGGCAAACACUCUACCACUGAGCUACAUUCCCAGCCCUUUUAAUUUUUUUGAGACAGGGUCUUGCCAAGUUUCCCAGGCUGGCCUUAAACUUGCAAUCCUGCCUCCACUUCCCAGGCAGCUGGGAUUAUAGGUGUGCACCACCACGCCUGGCCAACAUGUCCAGUUUUUAAAGAACCUUAGACUGUGUUUUAACAUGAAGGGACAAGUCUGACCAUUCAUGGACUGAUUUUCUUCAAGAGGAUUAUUAUUUUAUUUUACACUUUCAAUGCUAACUCAUAUCUUUUAUAUGCUGCAUGCCAAAAAAAAAAAAAAAUCUACCUGUUCAGGAGUGGAAGAAGAAAAAAUAUUUCACCUUACUAUUAAGAGUUCAAACAAGUUUUCACUGAGAGCCUAUUCACUAUGGUUUCAGUAACAUAUCUGUCCUUGAGUAUUUGCUGGUUAUUCUAGCACUUCCAGAGUCACAGUGGAAGCGCAAGGCAUCUGAAGGCUUUGCACGCCGAAUGGCCCACCGCACACCGCAUGUUCUCAUUCUGGAGUGGGCCUGCGUGGCACCUGGAUUGGGCCUGGCACUGGUGCACCCUCACUCCCACUCCUGCUCGGCCAGUAGCAUUCGUGCUCGACACUAAGGUCUCACUGUUGGUGCAGACAGAAUUGUGAGGGAGAUGCAAAGCUGUAGCAAUCAAAUGGAGAAUGUUUGCUUUGGACUUUAAAUAGGAAACUUUUCUACAACUAAAAUACUUGAAUUGCCAGACAACAUAAUCUGUUUGGAUUAGUUUUUGAAUGGUCCCAUUGAGGAAAUGUAACAGUCCAUGAAAUGUGAAUAAAUGGAAAGUAAACAAUCAGUGUCUGAUGUGUUUGUGCUCAGCAGCACCAGGCUGGUUGUCACCUCCCUCUGUGCGGCAUGAGCCACUUCAGAUGGUCACUUCAGGCAUGAAAGUCAGAGUGGGACUAGGAGCCGCUCCCCAGCAGGGUGCACAGCGUGGCACAAGCCAAGGGAGAGUCCAUUUCUCUAAAAAAUGGAAGCGAACCUGGAUCUGUGCUCAGGUCUCGGGCGAAAAGCUAGCUCUCUUAAGGACUUUUUAAAAUUAAGAGAAUAAAAAAUGAUCAAGAAAAAUA